UUCUAUGCACACAUUGCAAUUUAAAGCUUCGGGGAGAAGUGCUACUGCGGGCUCUGUGUUUAUGUCUGCAGGCUUUAUUCCAGUGAUACAUAAACAAAUCACUCCAGCCACUGCCAAAUUCCCUCUAGCCAAUCGUAACCAGUGAUGUCAUUCUAUAACACCCAAACCUUAUAAAUAUUCUCCAAACCAAGAACCUCACUCAGCACUAAUUCUAGUCUCAGCAGACAGACAACAAAGAUGAAGAACUCCCUGGCGGAUUGGUUGAUCUUUUUCCUGGAUAAGAUAUCAGUGGUGGCCAGCUUCAAACUCUUUAGCAUGCCAGAUGAAAGUGAGGGAGAUCACCAUUAUCAGGACAUUUCCUAUUUUAGGCGGGGAGAUUUGUUAGAAGUUCCCAGGACGCUGUUUGUACACUUUGGGAUUUAUUUGGGGAAUAACAAGGUUGCCCAUCUGAUGCCAGAUAUCCUUACCACCCUGACAGAUGACAAGUGUCUGAUUGACAAAGUGGUGACUAACAAAAGGCUGAUCCUGGGGGUCCUGGCUAAGGUGGCCAGUAUCAGGGUGGACACUGUGCAGGACUUUGCCUAUGGUGGAACCAUAAUAGUUAAUCACAUGGACAGCAGCUUCAAGACAAAACCCCUCUGUAACGAGGAAGUGGCCCAAAGGGCUGAAAAGUUACUGGGGGCCACGCCAUACAGCCUGCUGUGGGAUAACUGCGAGCACUUUGUGACCUAUUGCAGAUAUGGCUUUCCUGUGAGCUUUCAGACCGAUAAGAAUCUCCAAAUAAAAACAGGUUCCGUAUAUUAGUAUUGAAGUACUGUAUAUUGUUGUCUGCUGAUACUCCUUAUGUUAUGACACAUCUGUCCUAUCUUUUUGUCUCCUGUUAUCCCCUUAUGUUAUGACAUGUCUCUCCAUCUUUUUGUCUCCUGAUGCCCCCUUAAGAUAUGGCACAUUUCCCCAUUUUCUGUCUUCUGACUUCUACCUUGUGUUGUGACAUGUCUCUCCAUCUUUUGUCUCCUGAUACCCCCUUGUGUUAUGAUGUGUCUCUCCAUCUUUGUCUCUUUAUACCCCCUUGUGUUAUGACAUGUCUCUCCAUCCUUGUCUCCUUAUACCCCCUUAUGUAUUGACAUGUCUCUCUGUCUUUGUUUCUUGAUACCCCCUUGUGUUUUGACAUGUCUCCCCAUCUUUUUGAAUCCUUAUACCCCAUUGUGUUAUGACAUGCCUCUCCAUCUUUUUUUUUUCUCAUUAUACCCCCUUAAGGUAUGGCACAUUUCCCAAUUUUCUGUCUUCUGUCUCCUACCUUGUGUUAUGACACGUCUCUCCAUCUUUGUCUCCUGAUACCCCCUUAUGUUAUGACAUGUCUCUCCAUCUUUUUGUCUUCUCAUACCCCAUUGUAUUAUGAACUGUAUCUCUGUCUUUGUCUCUUGAUACCCCCUUGUGUUAUGAGAUGUCUCUCCAUCUUUGUCUCCUAAUACCCCUUGUGUUAUGAGAUGUCUCUCCAUCUUUGUCUCCUAAUACCCCUUGUGUUAUGACCUGUCUCUCCAUCUUUAUCUCCUCAUACCUCCUUGUGUUACAACAUGUCUCUCCAUCUUUGUCUCCUGAUACCCCCUUGAGUUAUUACAUGCAUGUCCAUCAUUGUCUCUUCAUACCCCCUUGUGUUAUGACUUGUCUCUCCAUCUUUGUCUCCUGAUACCCCCUUAUGUUAUGACGUGUCUCUCCAUCUUUUUGUCUUCUCAUACCCCAUUGUGUUAUGAACUGUCUCUCCAUCUUUGUCUCUUGAUACCCCCUUGUGUUAUAAGAUGUCUCUCCAUCUUUGUCUCCUGAUACCCCCUUGUGUUAUGACAUGCCUCUCCAGCUUUGUCUCCUGAUACCCCUUUGUGUUAUGUUUCUCCAUAUUUGUGUCUCCUCGUAUUACCUUGUGUUAUGACAUGUCUCUCCGUUUUUUUGUCUCCUAAUACCCCCUUGUGUUAUGACAUAUCUCUCCAUCUUUUUGUCUCCUCAUAUCACAUUGUGUUAUGAUCUGUCUCUCCAUCUUUGUCUCUUAAUACCCCCUUGUGUUAUGAUCUGUCUCUCCAUCUUUGUCUCUUGAUACCCCCUUGUGUUAAGACAUGUCUCUCCAUCUUUGUCUCCUAAUACCCCCUUGUGUUAAGACAUGUCUCUCCAUUUUUUUGUGUCUUCUGAUAUUCCUUGUGUUAUGACACAUUUCUCCAUCUUUUGUUUCCUGAUACCCCCUUGUGUUAUGAUGUGUCUCUCCAUCCUUUUGUCUCCUCAUACCACCUUGUGUUAUAACAUGUCUCUCUAUCUUUGUCUCCUCAUACCCCCUUGUUUUAUGACAUGUCUCUCCACCUUUUGUUUCCUAAUACCCCCUUGUGUUAUGACAUGUCUCUCCCCCUUUUGUUUGCUAAUACCCCCUUGUGUUAUGACAUGUCUCUCCACCUUUUGUUUCCUGACAGCCCUUUGUGUUAUGACAUGUCUCCACGGUCUUAUAUCUGAUGUCUGCCCCCUAAUAACAGGAGACACUUCUCCCCCACUCCAUUUUUCCAUUGUUAUUCCCCUGUGUUAUACUCUUCUCCAAAUUUCUGUCUGUAGACACCUUAGUUGAGUCAUGACACAUCUCCAUUUGUAUGUCUCCUGUGGCCACCCUUGUAUUAUGGCACACCUCUGCAAUUUUCUGUUUCCUGUCCCCUCCCUUGUGUUAUGGCACGUCUCUCCAUCUUUAUGUUCCUAGGUAGAAAUCACAGGUGCCAAGUGAGGAGUAGACUGCUCUCUAGUUGGCAGACAAACCAGUUCCUGAGGCAGGAUUUCCUUUGCUUCCAAAACAGUAAAGCAGAAUUCUUAUUCUCACUGGGUUUUAAUACACACACCCCAUUAUAAGCUUUCUUCCUUCUCUCACUCUGUUUUGCUCAUAAAGCAUUACAUUUUAAUAGUCACUUUCCCAGCUCACCAGCUUUAUUUCAGAAACUGAAGCCAAUAUUUUCCAGCGAAAUGUAGUAUAGUGAUGAAAGUAACCAUGACUUACACAGAGGGGUUCAUUUAUAAAAUCUGGAGCAAAGCAAUAUAUGUUGUCAUAACAGCCAAAAUGUAAUUUUAUUUUAUAACCUGUAUUGAUGUUCUGCAGAUAAAGCAAUAAAUUGUAGUACUGUUUUUAUAGCUGAACUCCAGAAAAAAAUAAUUUACACGUGCAGUAGGUUCCCCUCCCCACUGCAAGGGUGAACUGCUCAGUUUGCCUAGAAGAUGAUGGAUACAAUACCUUAUACCUUGCUCCCCUGGAAGCUGGUGCUCUCCUCUACUGUUGGCCUACACACGACCGAGAAUCUCGUCGUAAAGGAAAAGUUGUUUUCCUCAACGAGUUUCUUGUCAAG